CAACUACUCUCUCUCUCUUCCUUUUGUGUAUUUCCUCUCUCUCUCUCUCUCUCUCUCUCUCUAGGGUUUCGAUUUCAAUUUUUUUUUUCCACUGAACCCGCGAUUGAACUGAACCUUCACACCCUCCUUCGCCAUCUCAGGUUGAUUUAACGGAGAGCUUACUUGUUUCAAAGAGCCCCUGUAUGUUGUUUCUCCGAUUCUCCCGAAGCUUUGUGUUCGUUAGAUAUGAUUUAGGUAGCUUCUUGCAGAGGAACGAGGUUUUAGGUUAAUGCUGUUCAUUUUCCCGUGAAUGGUUGCUACGAUGGACUUAAAUGCUUCACCCCAACCCGAAGAAGACGACGAACCCUAUGUCAGACAUCUAGAAGACUAUUCUUCCAGGGAUGACCGGAUAGAGUCUGCAGUUGAAAUCGCUAGACGGGAACGUGAAGAGAGAAGGAAACGAAUGAGAUAUGACAAGCCAACACAUAACUCUCAGCCAGUUUUCCGUGAUCAAUAUUAUCAGAAUCGAAAUACUAAAGCUUAUGAUAGAUACAAGAUCCCUCAAGGUUGGCUAGAUUGCCCACCUUCUGGGCAUGAGAUAGGAUUACUCGUUCCGUCAAAAGUUCCCCUGAAUGAAUCUUACAAUAAUCAUGUCCCUCCUGGAAGUAGAUACUCGUUUAAACAGGUGAUCCAUAACCAGAGGAUAGCUGGGAGAAAGCUUGGUCUGGUGAUUGAUUUGACAAACACAAAUCGUUACUAUUCGACGACAGACUUAAAGAAAGAAGGCAUUAAGCAUGUGAAGAUUGCAUGCAAGGGUCGUGAUUCAGUGCCAGAUAAUGUGUCUGUCAACACGUUUGUCAAUGAGGUUAAUCAGUUUGUCCUAAAUCUAAAACACUCAAAAAAGUAUAUUCUCGUCCACUGCACACAUGGGCAUAAUCGGACAGGGUUUAUGAUAGUUCAUUAUCUUAUGCGAUCUGGGCCGAUGAAUGUUACACAGGCAUUGAAAAUCUUUUCCGAGGCCCGCCCACCUGGGAUCUAUAAACCAGACUACAUUGAUGCUCUAUACUCGUUUUAUCACGAAAUAAAACCUGAAAGCGUCAUUUGCCCAUCAACUCCCGAGUGGAAGCGGUCUACUGAGCUUGAUUUAAAUGGUGAAGCUUUGCCAUAUGAUGAUGAUGAUGAUGGCGGUCCGGCUGGUCCUGUGCAAGAGGAAAGCCAUCAGGUGGAUGUCAAAAUGUCAAAUGAUGACGUUCUAGGUGAUGAAAUACCCCCUGACCAGGAGGAAGGUUACCGGCAGUUCUUUUAUAAGAUGCUAUCGCUGAAUAUUGGGGGAAGAGGAUGUUCACAAUUUCCAGGUUCACACCCUGUCUCCUUAAACAGGGAAAAUUUGCAACUCUUGAGGCAGCGGUACUAUUAUGCCACAUGGAAAGCUGAUGGAACUCGAUAUAUGAUGCUGCUAACCAUGGAUGGAUGUUACUUAGUGGAUAGAAGCUUUAGAUUCCGGAGAGUUCAGAUGCGGUUCCCCUUCAGGCACCCAACUGAAGGCAUAUCUGAUAAAGUGCACCAUUUUACAUUGCUUGAUGGAGAAAUGAUAAUUGAUACCUUGCCAGAUAAACAAAAGCAGGAGAGGAGAUACUUAAUAUAUGAUAUGGUAGCAAUCAACGGCCAAUCAGUUGUAGAGCGGCCUUUCUAUGAAAGAUGGAAGAUGCUUGAGAAGGAGGUGAUAGACCCCCGUAAUCAUGAGAAGGCCAGAAGUCAUAUCUACAGAUAUGAUCUUGAGCCUUUUAGGGUGCGGAGAAAGGACUUUUGGUUGCUUUCUGCGGUUGAGAAGGUUUUGAAAGGUUUCAUACCAUCACUUUCACAUGAAGCCGACGGUCUAAUCUUUCAGGGCUGGGAUGAUCCUUAUGUUCCCCGUACCCAUGAAGGUCUGUUGAAGUGGAAGUAUCCAGAGAUGAACUCGGUUGACUUUUUAUACGAGCAAGAUGAGAGUGGCCGCGGAAUGCUAUCCUUGUUUGAAAGAGGGAAGAAGAAGCAUAUGGAUGGGAAUUCUGUUGUUUUUAGAGGAGAUGAUUCGGACUCUGCCGAGUACUCUGGGAAGAUCGUAGAGUGUUCAUGGGAUCAGGAAGAGAAAGUCUGGGUUAGCAUGAGGGUCAGGGUCGAUAAAUCAACGCCGAAUGAUAUCAACACUUAUAGAAAGGUGAUGAGAAGCAUAAAGGACAACAUCACAGAGGAAGUGUUGCUGCAGGAAAUAAGGGAGAUCAUCCGUUUGCCUAUGUAUGCGGACCGUAUUCAAAUGGAUAGCAAAGCUGCGCGGCGCAGAUGAAACAAUGUCUGUUUGUUUCUCUCAAAACAUGCAACAAGCUGGGAUCAAGAAGAAGACAUCUGUGGAUCGCUGGUUAUGCUUUCGCUACUCUUGUUUGCAAAUCCCGGGUGCUUCUAUACUAACAUUGUACGUAAGAAGAAAGAAAGGAACUCUGCAAUUUCUCGAAUGUGUAAGAAUCCCGGUUUCGAGGAGGUUUUAGGAUUUAUUAUGAAUCAAAAUUCCGUUUGGGAUAUGUGAUGAUGGUUUUAGCUCUAAAAGGUGUGUUUACUCUUCUAAGGUGAUUCAUCAUAUGUUUUAGAUGGAGAAGCUGUUUGUAAUAGUACUUAGGAAAGGGAUAAUGUUGUAAUCUUUUAGUAUUAGUAUCAUAUUAUUAUUAUUGGUUGGUUCUA